AUGUGGGACCUCGCAGAGAUGGGCAUACUCUCUUUUCAAGAAGGUACUGAUUUCUUUCGUGGAAACCCCAGCCAAGAUGAAAAAGUUACGUUCCUGUUGGAGAAACUGCUACGAGGAAGGGAUGAAGCAUUCCAUGAAUUCCUGAGAGUCCUUCGGCGUAGAAAGUAUGGUGAUCUUGCUAAGACCCUUGACACGGGAUGGCUCAUCCAGCAGAACCGAAAUGAAUUGAGGAGGUUCAUCUCCACUGAUGUUGCAAGUAGACUCCUUCAGUCCGAUAUUCUCCCAAGAGGUGAUGAUUACACAGCAUCAAGAUGGGACGAGGACAGCAUACUUUUCAUUCUUGGGAAACUUGAGACCACGAUCAAUUCAACAAAUUUCAAUCGUUUCCUGGAGGUGCUAGCUGAGGAGCAACGUGAUUUUGCUGAAGGACUUCGUGAACAAUGGAGAGACAUGGAAAGGCGGAUGCGCGAUUUCUACAGGGGGUUUGAACGAAAUCAGUUGCCAACUUUAGAAAGCGUUAGGAACAUGGUGAUGCCGCUGCUAAAUGGUGGAAGGGAAUGGUCAAAAGUCGGACAAGAUUUGGGCUUCGAUGGUAAGAUUUUGGGGAAGAUGGACCGGAAGAGCGUCGGACCACUCAUGAUGGUAUUUACUCUUGCGGAAGAUUUCCUCAACUCUACAUCUGAAAACCGUGCCCCCACCUUCAAUGAAUCACGUGUCACAUGGUUCCAGCAAAUAGCACAGGUCGAGAAAGAGACACUAAUCAAAAUCAUCAGAGAAGAGCUAUGA